AUGUCCCAGUCAAGUCCAGACUCUCUUCUCUAUACCGACACUCCUCACCAAGGGGCCCUAGAUAUUCAGCCUUGUGCAUGCCCGCGUCCUCGUUUCUUGCCUGACACUCUUCUUCGGCUCAAACUCUGCCUGGCUAUCUCGGAUCUCUGCAAAGCUACCCGUGGCGUCUCUGGAUUCAUUCUCCCGGCGGUGCAGAAAGGGGCAACAUACAUCUAUACAGACGUACAGAUGAAUCCCCUCUCAGCACUUCUCCUCUCCGUCCUCUCGACCCUUUCGCUCUUUUGGUCCGCAACAACACCCAUCUCCGCCUCCGCCUCCAAUCCCGACCCCGACUGUGCCUCUGCACCGAGCUCUCGCGCAUCACCCACCUCGUCAGGGUUAUCAUCAUCGUCACCGUCAGGGUCAUCGUCAGCGUCAAUAUCUGAGUCGGAUGCGACGACGCUGUACAUCACCGCCCUCACGAACCACCGGGACCCGCCGUACCUGGCCCGCGCACAGUGCUGGGCCCUGGCGGCCCCCUUCACCGUCUACCCCACGGUCGGGCGCGCGCUGGCGCUCGGCGCCGUCGACAAUGCCACGUACGUGGUGCUCCCGCCGCGCAGCGCCGAGGGGUGGCACCGGCCCCCGCACGCCAUGUUCUUCGUGCUGCUGAGCGGGCUGGCGCAGGUGUACGUCCCGCGUCGUGACGGCGAGUCUGCCACCAUGCUCUCCCAUGGCUAUGACGACGAUGGCGAUGGCUAUGGGUAUGGCGAGGGCGAUGAUAUCAACUACGCAGUGAAUCCAGCCUCAUCCUCCUCAUCCCCCUCCUCCCAUCCUGGUCAAGCUCGACUUCAACAGCACCGACAUCAACUCCCACUCCACGAACCACAUCCGCAACCCCGCCCGGACGACCCCAGAUGGGACACCAUCACCAUCACGCCAGGCUCGCCCAACCAGCUCCUCGUCGCCGCGGACACGGACCCGCGCGCCCGCGGCCACUUGACCUUCUACCCGGGCGACGGGGAGAGCGUGGCGCUGCAGGUCCCGUUCCGGGAGUCGGGGUCGGGGUCGGGGUCGGGGUCGGCGGCUGCGGCGGCCCCUGUCGUGCCGGGCCACAGGGUCGUGCACGAGGGUGCGUGUCGGGGGGAUGAGUGA